GUCGGUAUAUUUUGGUGUAUUUCUGAGGUAUAUCUCUUCGAUAGCUAUUCUUCAUAAUAGCAUCGUGUUGUUGUUUUGCUGGGUUGUAAGCAUACGGCAGCAGCCAAGUGAAACACCAAGCAACGGCUUCUGCAGAAAAUCGAAUAGAAAAUUUGUGAAAAAGAAAAUUCUCGAGAGCAUGUGUGGCUGGAGGCAACAUCAACAAAUUGCUGGGCAAUUGACAGUCCAUUUUUAAUAUUAAGGGAGCAGGCAGGCAACAGGCCAAGAGGCGGAGGAAAAUCGGAUGGUGGGAGAAGUCGCAAGAGAAUCCUGAACGGGCUCUGGCCAGCGGAGUCUCAGGUGGUGGUGUAAACAAAUUUUCCCGGCGUUUGUACAGUCCCACAAACAAACAAACACACACAGGCACAGACUCAGACACACACACACACAGAGCACUCGCAUAUAUACGGAUUAUAAACAAUGACGGCUCAAACUGUUUACCAGAAAGUCGUCAGACUGUCCCUUCGCUCGGCCGUAAAUCUGUCCAAGCGGCGCCUGGAUGAGCUGAGCGCUGGGAUCGGAGAGCUGCGCCAGCUGCUGUCAUGUGUGGUGUGCUGCCAACUGCUGGUGGAUCCAUAUGUUCCGAAGGGGAAGCACUGCCAUCACUAUGUGUGCCGGCUGUGCAUAAGAGGACGCAAGCGGCUGAUGUCGCGGUGCAGGCAGUGCGAAGACUGCUCCGAUUUCAAGACCUACGAGGAGAACCGUCUAAUGGCCGUACAGUUGCUCUGCUACAAGACGCUCUGUGUCCAUCUGCUGCAGUCUUCGAUGUUCACCCAGCUAGCUGGACAGUUUCCGGAUUUGAGCCAUGUGGCACAGUUUCCGCGCAUCAGGCUGCCACCCAUGACAACGCAGGAGUUCAUCAGGGAAGGGACCAACUAUGAUGAUAUACGGGAAACAUUUCUACCACAGCCGGAUCUGCCCUUCCUGAAGAAUCUUCCCUUAUCUCUGCCCGCGGAGACUCCGCCCACCACUGCGGCCACAACUCCCGAGCUGCCGUACGAGCAGAACCUUCCCGAGCAGCUGUCCAUCACGGAUAUUGAAAUGGAGGCAGCCGCCACCGCAGAGCAGUCUCAAUUUUCACAUCCGCUGCCCCUAAUGCCGACAGGGUCGCGGAUGGGUCUAAUGGCCGUCCAGCCGCCGUUCAUUCUGAACGAAGGCUCCCUGAGCACUGAAGCCGGCUACACGGAGAACAGCUGGAACGAGCUGGAGCAGGUGGAUCUAUCUGAUGCAGUCUCCAUGUCCAGCUUCCCCAACAACACAACGGGCUAUGCCAUGACCUAUGUCAUGCCCACGGCUGCAUCCACUCCCUUCGAAUCGCAUCCUCCGCAAGCGCUCCAAAUUGGUCAAGUGGUGAGAAUAGAAGCGUCCCCACAGCCAGCUCUGUUGGCCAUAACGACAGCUGAGGUUGAGCUGUUCCCCUCCCAAAAAAGAAAGAUAGCCCAGCUGGAUAUGGAUCAGGAGCAGGAGCUGCAAAACCAGGCGGUAGCUCCAGCGAGCGUUAGCCAGUUGGUGCUCCAGCAGGAGCAGGAGCUGCAAAACCAGGCGGUAGCCCCAGCGAGCGUUAGCCAGUUGGUGCUCCAGCAGGAGGCAUGUCUGGAAAAUGUGAGCCAUGACGCAGCAUACCUGCAGAAUAUCAUCCAGGAUGAGGCAUACCUAGAGAAUGUCAGCCAGGAGGAGGGAUACCUGGAGACCGUGAGCCAGGAAUCAUUUUUGGAGAGUGUCAGCCAGCUGGUAAUUCCGGAGAUUGUCAGCCAGGAGAAAUCACAAGAGAUGGUCCACCAGGAUACCAUUCAGGAGAGUGUCUACCAGGAGAAAUCUCAAGAGAUUUCCAGCCAGGAUGUAGUGCAGGAAAGUGCCAGCCAGGACACAUGUGCAGAGAGUGUCACCGAGGAAAUAUACAAAGAGAUUGUCAUUGAAGAGGUAUACCAGGAGAGUGCCAGCCAGGAGGCUGGCACGCAGGAGCAGAGUGUCAUCAAGGGGAUAUAUCAGGAGAUUGUGAGACCCUCCGCAUCUCAAGAGACUGCUAGCAAGAAGACGUCGAAGGAGGAGAGUGUUGCCGAGGAGAUAUAUCAAGAGAUUGUGAGACCCUCCGCAUCUGAAGAGAGUGAGAGGAAGAAGACGUCGAAGGAGGAGAGUGUUGCCGAGGAAAUAUAUCAAGAGAUUGUCAGACCCUCCGCAUCUCAAGAGAGUGCCAGCAAGAAGACGUCGAAGGAGGAGAGUGUUACCGAGGAGAUAUAUCAAGAGGUUGCCACACCCUCCGCAUCUCAAGAGAGUGCCAGCAAGAAGACGUCGAAGGAGGAGAGUGUUGCCGAGAAGAGAUAUCAAGAUGUUGCCACAACCAACAAGAAGGCAUCGCAGGAGAAGGAUGUCGUCGAGGAGAUAAUUGAAGAGGUUGCCAGGACCUCUGAGGAGUUUUCGGAGGAGGAGAGGCUUACCGAGGAGCUAUAUCAAGCGAUUGCCAGAACCUCAGCACCGCAAGAGACUUCCAGCCAGGCGACAUCGCAAGGGAAUGCCAGCUCGAAUGAGUCAUAUGAAGAGGUGACCUCCUCAGAGGAAGAACUGAGUUCCAGCCAGGAGUACACACCAACCACCACCACCAGAGACAAGAAGAAAGACACGGAAAUUAAUCCUGCUAGUUCAAAGCGCUCCUGCGCCAUAACCGAGAACCCUUUCAAAUUGAAAGCAAAUAAAGCUCCGUCACCGACACGCAUUCAAGGACCAGUUUCUAAUCCUGUGCCUGUGCCUGUGCCUGUCCCUGUCCCUGCCAAACUUUCUUCCACCAAAACGUCUGUUAAAUCCUCCGCAAAAACAACUACUAAGAUUACUACGACGGGGUCAUCUCGUAGGAGUGCAGGAAAGACGAAGGAAAAGCCACCGAAGCCCAUAUGCCGUUGCGGAACCUCUGGAGUGGCUGUCAACCCCAAAACGACCUGUCGCAAUACCCGCUGCCCCUGUUACAAGUCCGGCAAUACUUGUACAAAUUGUCACUGCGUUGGUUGUCAUAAUCCGCAUAAGACGGACUUCCUCGAUUCCGAUGACGAAGACGAAGAAUUUGAAUUGGAAAACUUGGAGCCCACAUCUCUCCCCAAUCCCCAGAACGAGAAAAAGUCUACAACAACAGCAACACCAACAGCAACAACAACAGCAAAGGCAACACCAGCACCAACAGCAAAGACAACAGCAACACCAACAGCAACAAAGGAGGUAAAUGCCGAAAAGGCUGCUAGUUCCCAAGGCGGUAUAAGUUUAGUGCCCCUUAGCAAUCUUCAACAGUCCCAACAUCCUUUGGUUCUCGUUCAGAACGAGAAUGGGGAAUAUCAAGGUUUCAACAUCUUCCAAGGCACCGUACCGAUUGAUCCUGCCACGGUUGGCUUUCUGCGUGUCCAGCUGCAGAAUAACGACCCCAAAAGCAAGGUUCCUCAGUAUGCGUACGUGAUGCCACAUCCUACACUUAUGGCUGCGGAUGUUGCACCUCCGCCAGCGCCAGCGCCAGCUCCCGAGCCAAAACCAAAGCCAAAGCCCGUUUCAGUUGAGCAGCCGCCUGCAAAGAAAUUCAAGCCUGCCAUCAAAAGGAGUGCUCGUCUACGUGGUUUUGCCCCACGCAAUACCAUUGAUGAGCUGGUCAGUGGUGGCUCCUCCGCCAUUAGCAAUUCUGCCGCUGGCGACAGAUUGUCGGCCACUGACAAUGCCCAUUCACUGUUCGAGGAGAUCAUGUCGGGCUCUGAUGGUUUAUAAGAAACGGGCGGGAUAUUGAUAAAACUUUUUUUUUAGCACGUUCUUGUAUAUAUGUAAAUACCCCGUUGCAAGGGGUAUACUGUGUGAAGUCUAGUUUCGUAUCAGAUAUCAGGUAUUUGUUAUCUGCUGUAACGGUUACCCUAAGGACGCCGCCACAUUCUAGCUGAAGGCGGAGUUGAAAACUCAGAAAGCUCGCCAAAAUAAGCUCAGCUUUGUUUGAUCGAUCAAGCAUGUUUGUUUUUGUAUAAACAUGUAAUUACACAAAUAGAAACGAUGUAAUUGGGCUGAUUAUCUUGAAAAAGAUAAUUUUUCAUACAAUCCACCCGAUUCCACCAAAACAUUCGCCAAUUGGCAAAAAAUAUACUAUGCAACAUUGCGUUGAGAUAGUUCUUAAACUCCAAUAAUAGUUUAAUAGAAACCGAUGAUAGCUGGUUAAAUAAGCUCAUAGCAGCCUCUUCAGUUCUGUUCCGCUUUCCGCUCAUCUUUAAGCUAGAGCGUGCGCGAGCUCUAAAAGGGUAUACUGUAUCUGUAUCACAUGUCCUGAUAUCUUUAAUCUGCUUUGUUUACCCUGCAAAAGGGGUAAACUGUCCAAAUCAAGCUCUGUAUCACAUGUCUUGAUAUUUUGCAAGGAUGAAUGCUUUCAUUUGAAUGUAUUUAUUCUCCCAAUUGUUUCAGCGUUUUAAAUACGCAAAUCCACUCAAUUUGUUUGGUUCCUGCCACAAUUUGUGAGUGCUUUUCAACUUUGUGUAUACGGUAAGGUUCGAAUCCCUUACCAUACUAUGCAGAAUUUCAUCUAGCAUUAAGCGAUGCAAAUGUACAUAAUAUGUAUGCACCCCAUAGGGAGAUCGCCUUAGGGGCCGGUCUUUGUGUGCCGCUCAGAAAUAUCCUUCUGAGGCUCCCAUCUCGUAAUGCUUAUAGCAAUGAAUAAUAUUUGUACAGCAAUCGUUGGCAGCCGCCGCUGGCAAUAAGAUCUAAAUUUUUAAGUUAAGGGCAAAGCAAUAGUCAUACAUGCACCAAAAAUGUUCUUUUUCGUUCAACGAACAACGAAUGGUAAAAUAUUGUAAUGCUUUGCUCCAACUGCGGCUGCUGUUAGCCCAAAAACAAAACAAAAACCUUUUUUUUCAUAGCUUAGGUACAAUUUUUUUUCAUAGCUUAAGUGCAAUUUUUUUCAUAUUUUAAGUACAUUUUUUUUCAUAGCUUAAGUACAAUUUUUUUUCAUAGAUUAAGAAACUUUUUUUGAGCAUGAAUUUUUUUUGAGCACGUGAAACUAAAUAUUAACUAAGCCAUAUAAUAUGUAAUGCAUAACAUAUAAAUUCAAAAUAUGCGAAACCAAUAUAUGUAUGUAAAAUAUUUAUGAAAGCAA